GUCGGGCGGGCGGGUGCAGAGAGCAGCGUGGUCCUUCCUUUAAGUGACUGACUGACACCCGCCGGGGGAAAAAGUUACUCUUGAGUUCGCGGACACACUGCCAACAUGUCUGGAGAUGAAGAGACACAGGAGCAGACGGUCGCCGACGACUUGGUGGUUACCAAGUACAAGAUGGGCGCCGAGAUCGCGAAUCAGGCUCUGAAGGCAGUGGUUGGAGCAGCUAUGGCUGGGGUCUCCGUGCUCAGCCUCUGUGAAAAGGGAGACGCCUUCAUCAUGGCAGAAACUGGGAAAAUUUUCAAGAGGGAAAAAGAAAUGAAGAAAGGUAUCGCUUUUCCUACUUGUGUGUCAGUUAACAACUGCGUGUGCCAUCACUCCCCCCUGAAGAGUGACCCUGAUGUCGUACUAAAGGAUGGGGACCUUGUCAAAAUUGACCUUGGUGUGCACGUUGAUGGCUUCAUCUCAAAUGUAGCUCACACCUUGGUUGUUGGAGUGACAAAGGAAAACCCGCUGACAGGACGGAAGGCUGAUGUUAUGAAAGCAGCUCACCUCUGUGCUGAGGCUGCUCUGCGUCUCGUCAAGCCUGGAAACCAGAACACACAAGUCACAGAAGCCUGGAACAAGAUCGCAAAGUCAUUCAAGUGCUCCCCUAUUGAGGGCAUGCUGUCCCAUCAGCUCAAACAACAUGUGAUUGACGGAGAGAAAACUAUCAUUCAAAACCCAACGGACCAGCAAAAGAAGGACCACGAGAAGGCUGAGUUUGAGGUGCAUGAGGUAUAUGCAGUGGAUGUGCUUAUCAGCACUGGAGAGGGGAAGGCAAAGGAUGGAGGUCAGAGGACCACCGUUUACAAACGAGACCCCAACAAGGUAUACGGCCUGAAAAUGAAGACAUCCCGGACGUUCUUCAGUGAGAUGGAGAGACGCUUUGAUACAAUGCCUUUCACCCUGAGAGCGUUUGAGGAUGAAGGCAAGGCCAGGCUGGGUGUGGUGGAGUGUGCCAAACAUGAGCUGCUCCAGCCAUUCAGUGUGCUGCAUGAGAAAGAGAGUGAAUAUGUAGCCCAGUUCAAGUUCACCGUGCUGCUCAUGGCCAACGGACCUCUGCGAAUCACAAGCAGCCUCUUUGAGCCAGAACUCUACAAGUCUGAGCACGAGGUGGAGGAUGCCGAGCUGAAGGCUUUGCUUCAGAGCUCAGCCAGCCGUAAGACGCAAAAGAAAAAGAAAAAGAAGGCCUCAAAGACUGUUGAGACCGCAACUGGACAGGCGAUGGAGACUGAAGCUGCAGAAUAGAUUCUAUAUCCCAGAAAGACAUCUGAUGACCCAAAGAACAGACGUCACGAAUCCUUCUGUCCCAGCUGUCUGAGGCACUUGUGGCAUAGCCGCUGUGAAUACCUCCGAAUCUAACUGAUGUCAGUCUGGGAUGAUGCUGCUCCUAAAUUCUGUCACUCCACCUAAAACACACAUAUGUAUGUCCCCAGUAAAUCUCACUGUCCUCGAGACAGCCUUAUGCCCUAACAGUGGACACAAUUCUACAAAAGAAGAUUUUUUGUUUGUUUGUGCAAAGACAUAUUUUCACUGGAACAUUUAACCAUUUGACUGACCUUGAGCCUUCGUCCCUUUAUUCCACAGUAACUGUAAUGAAAGUUAUAAAUGGGUUUGACAGAGCAGCCAAGGAUAAUGAAUGCACAGUACUGUGUCAGUGUAAUUGUGUGGCAUAUAGAUAACCUCCUUGACCUGAAGCCAUGGCUUUGAAAUGAAUGUUAACUUGUCGUAGGCAGAAAUGUGCAACAUCUUAGAGUCACACAAGUUAUAAGCAUGACAUCAUUAGUCGUCAUUUACUUUUGAAUUCAGCAUAAUUACUGCAUUUAUAUUGCUCAUGCUUAGGUCUGUCUACUAGUGCAUUGUGUCUACUUCUAGGCAUCUAGGUAACUCAGCUAACAAUUUCUUAAACUGACGUGUAAGACCUACCAGUUAAGUCAUUUAACAGGUAAAAUAA